UAAAACCUCAGUCAGUUGCUUUUAAUUAUCAUUGCUAAACUGCUUCCAGGGAAAUACGAUCACGCAGACGUUUCAAGGACAUUAUUUCCGCUGAGUUCCACUGAGAAAACCUCAAGUCUUCCUCAUCCCGACCGGCAACGGUAGUGGCGCGGAACGGCGAUGACUCAUCUUACCCUGCCAGUGGGGAGGGAACCGAGGCCCAUAUAUACCUGGGACUCGCUGAACUCCAGUAGUCAACAUGGCGCUCAGAAUCGCUCUUGUGUUCCUGGUGGUGGCGGUGGUGGUGAGCGUAGUCUUCGCCGACCUAGAAACCGCAGAGAAGCGUAAUGGUCGUCAAAAUAGUGGUUGGGGUACUGGUCAGUGGGGAGGUGGUCAUCACGGUGGCGGAGGUCACCACGGUGGACAUCAUGGCGGUGUACACUGGGGCAAAUGAAUGAAGUCUAUUGUCAACUCUAACCUUUCCUGUUUGUAAUAAUUUACUUGAAAGAAACUUAUGUUGUAUGAUAUUUGUGUUAUUGUAAACCUAACAUAGUGAAAUACACUACGAUAGCAACUGGUGCAUAAUUAAACAUGCUUUAGUUUCA